UGAGGUCGUCCCGGUCCCAACUGGGGAAAUCUAGAGCUGUAUGGAGACUACGCGGCACUGAAAAACUAAGGCCUACCUUGCAAGAUGGCAUCUGCUCAAGGCUCUUCACCAACUGCCCAGGCCUUACAGAUCUCCUGGGAAGAGAAGCUUAUAAAAGCCCUACACAACUUAUGGGAACAAUCCUGCGCUACACUGAGCUGACAAAUGAACAAUCUCCACCGCCC